AUGGAAACCCAUAUCGAAAGAAUAGACAACUCUCGUGAAGACUUCACCCCGAAAAAGACACUUAACAUUAACAUUGGUAUUCUUGGCCAUAUCGAUAGUGGCAAAACCUCUCUUGCCAAAGCUCUCAGCACGAUUGGGUCCACUGCAGGGUUUGAUAAAAAUCCACAGAGUAAAGAACGAGGGAUUACCUUAGAUCUAGGAUUCUCUGCAUUUGUUAUUGAGAUUCCUGAAUCCAUGCAAACUAGUGAUAAAAAGUUCCUCCAGAUCACCCUAGUUGAUUGUCCUGGGCAUGCUUCACUUAUGAAGACGGUCAUCGGGGGUGCAUCUAUUAUCGACUACAUGAUCCUUGUGAUCGAUGCUACUAAAGGAAUCCAGGCUCAAACUUCAGAAUGUAUAGUACUCGGUGAGCUUCUCAUGAGGAAACUCUGCAUCGUUGUUAAUAAAAUUGAUCUCAUUGAAGCAGAAAGUGAUCAAGAAAGAGACGAGAAAAUUGCUAAAAUUAGAAAGAACCUCGACACAGUAUUCUCAAAGACCAAAUUUACAUCAAUCAAGAUAGUCUUUGUGUCAGCAAAUCCUAAGAGUGAGGAUAUUGACCAGAACCUGGAUGGACUCCUGAAUGAACUUCUGAGUGAUAUUGAACUUCCAGAUAGAGGCAAGAAGCAUAAUAAGGAUGAUUUCAUGUUCUCUGUGGAUCAUUGAUUUCCCAUUAAGGGUCAUGGAACCGUCAUUACUGGGACAGUUCUGAGAGGUAUGGUAGAAAAUGGAGAUAAUAUUGAAAUCUCCUCUCUAAUGCAAUCCAAGAAGGUUAAAUCAAUGCAAAUGUUUAGAAAACCUGUUGAUAAAGCCCUUAAAGGAGACAGAGUUGGAAUCUGAGUGGCUAAAUUAGACCCAAAAGAUCUCGAGAGAGGAAUUGUCUGAGCUCCAGGAAAGUCUAAUCAUUUCACUAUUGCUUUGGCUAAAGUAGCUCGUAUUAGACACUUCAAAUCAGAGAUACCCUCUAACACGAAAUAUCAUAUCACAAUUGGUCAUCAGACUGUUUUAGGAUCAUCCAUUUUCUUUUACAAUGUUCCUGGAGAAGAAAGCAAACUUGAAGAAAUUAAAGGAGAGGAAGAAGAGGAAAAAUUUGGGUUUUAUGGAUACGAAUCAGAGUCAUCAAAAGCAGAAGUCGAGUAUGUUUACAAUACAAUCCAUAAAUAUUCUGACAAGUUACCAAAGAAGGCAACUAAGCCUGGAGUUCCUCCAAAGCCAGAUAUUUUACCACUCCAGUCACACAUUUAUGCUCUAAUGUAUUUUGACGUUCCUAUUGUUUGAGCUCCUAUCAACAGUAUCUUUAUCGGUUCUCGGCUAGAUGCAGAAAUUGAGAAAAAGGAGUGAAGAUUAGCCUUUAGUGGUCAAAUUCUAGAGACCUAUAAUGACUCUAAUGAGGAUUAUAAGAACAACUUCAAAAUAACAAAAGAGAAAAGAAAGGAAGGAAUUAUAGACAAAGUAAACGACAAGAGAAAUAUAAUUGGCAGGAAUCUGUUUAAUAAAGAAACCCCAGUAACUCCCUUUAUCAACAUGAAAAUAGUUAUUGAAGAGACAGGAGAAAUCGGUCGUAUUACGGGCGCCUUCGGUAAAAGUGGAAAGUUCAAAGCCAAAUUCGAUAAAGACCUUGAAAAUAUCGAAGAACUGAAAGGAAAGGCUAUAUACAUGCCGUUCAAUAAACUUCUCUUCGGUGACACGAAGAAGUUGAUGCAGACGAUUUAGCCAUAAAGCUCUCAA